AUGUUGAUUGGAUCCGCAUCCAUGACUGUUCCGCCCGUCAGUAAGGGUAAACACGAUGCAGCAGCUCUUGCGGGCGCUCAGCAAGCUGUGCCAGCACCAGUGGGUCCUGCGGCUGAACUCGGUGCCAAAGACUCACCAACCGUGUGGCGGGCACCUGUUAAGAAAGGCCCGAAGGCAUCUGCACUUGUUCCGAAAUCUAAGCAAGGAACACACUCUGGCCAGCCGGCCACGAACGGUGCUUCAGUGUCACAAGCUGUCCCGCCCAAGCAAAUUGCAAAAGCAACACUGGUUGCUCCACCUGUUAAGCAGGGUGCAAAGGAGCAGAGAAAGCCCCCCUUCUCCGCCGCCUUUGCACCACAGGAAGGUGCUCCCUUUGCACCAGCUUGUCCAGCUGUUGAGGAUUUGCGAGCAUCAUCGCCAGCUUUGCUUGCAGCCGAGGAGGGUUCGUCACAGAUGGCUCCACCCAAGAAGCAAGGCGAACUGUCCCCACCGGCCGUUGAGCAGGGUGGGUCAACAUCAGCAACGCUUCCGCAGUGCCAGCAGGACAGCGAGCGGCUUGAGGACCAGCAAGCGGUGGACAGACUGAAGGGCGAGUGGUUCAGUUCCACUUGGGGAUUGGUACAAGUCUACGAACGACCGAGCAGAUCAAAACAUGGCUCACUCAUCCUGGAGGUGUGGGAUGGAAGCGGCAAGCCUCGAGGAUUUGUGAAGCUCGUGCGGAGAGAUCCAAAGCUUCCUCGGCUCAGACUUAUAUGGCAGAAUGGCUACGGUGGGCAAAACACGCCAUACUACUUGAAUCCGGGGCCAAGCACCACGAAGCAUCUGCGGUGGGAGCACGAGGCCUCAGGUGCUGUGGAGAUUUGGGAUUGUGCUUUCCUGGAAGUUCUCAGGACUGAAACAACCUGGGUGCUGAAGCAUGCUUUGCAGCCUCAGCUCGAUCUUGCAUGGAAGUAUUUACAGGACCCGACAUUGGAUCCCGUACCACCACUUCCAUACACCGUUGGGCUCUGCACUGCCACCAUGAACAGACUCUGGCAGCUUCGCAGAGCCCUACCAUUGACACUGAUGCACUGUUGGCCUCACCGGGACCACUGUCGCGUUCACGUGGUAGACAUGGGAAGCAAGGAUGAUACGACAUUCCGCUUCCUGGUGCACCACUGCCGCUUUGCAAUGGAGAUGGGUUUACUCCAUGUCUACAAAGCUCAGGAGGAAUUCUGGCAUGCAUCAAUCGGAAAGAACACUGCUCAUGCAAUGGCGAGCGAGGAGAUUCUUGUAAAUAUUGAUAGUGAUAAUAUUAUCGGUGCUCACUUCUUGCAGGAUGUUUGCAAUCGCUUCCAGGAAGGAGCUGCUGUUGCUCAAUACGAGCAAGGUGGAGGAACCUGUGGCCGAAUUGCAGCCAGAAGGACCGAUUUCAUGGAGAUUAAAGGCUACGAUGAGGAUGCUUUCCCCAUGGGUUGCCAAGACACAGACUUGGUUCUGAGGUUGAAGGAUCUUCAACGUGGACCCCAUUCGAAGGGUGGUUGCCCUUAUCUUUCGCAAGCCAUUCUGAACACGGUAGACCAGAAGGUGGAAAAUUGCGAUCCUGAGCUGGCGGCCAGGAAAUGGGGCCAGAUGAACCAGAGAAACAAGGAGGCUUUCGACCAACGCCGCAAGGAUGGCAAGUUAAAAAGAAAUGAACACAAAAAGGGCAUCGGAGUGCCAGUGAAGCAUUAUUUCUACGAGGGCGGCGAGCUCCGUAGCGAAGACCUCAACAUUGGCUCUGACAUUCUCACCGGCAUCCCUACCACACUCAUCACCGGCCCUGCCACAAUCCCCACCAGCUGUCCCACGAGGAGGUGGACAAAGAGCACUGUGGACACAGCGGACGUAGAAGAGUGCUAA